CUGCCACCCGGUCACGUGAGUAUUAUACACAUUGUUAUCUGGAUCUCAACAGUUCGUCCUGCACAAAACGCACGUAACCCGCGGAUGUAGUAUUAUUUCACUACCAUUUCCCCUGGCGCCAACUGUCAUCCAAAACCACAAUGCCAUCCUUUCGUCAAACGUCUAUGGUGUUUCUCAUGGGUGCUGGUGCUCUCUGCAUGCUGGUCGUGGAACACGUUUUCCUGCCUCAUUUCUCAUACAGGGUGGUUGAUGACAGCAGGACCGUCGUUUCAAUGUCUGCUAUCAAUGCUGAGGGACCUCCAGUACACGUAAAUGUAGAUCCUAACAUACCGUUUCAGUCCGAUAAACGUCCGAUCGAUAGACCGUCAUCUAGAUCCGCUUCUAGUCCUGGUAAAACUUUAGUGUACAGAUUCAACGGAAGAGAGAUGCAGCAGCUUCACGAGUUCUGCACAUGGACAGUUCACGUUGACUGUGUUACUCUGAAGACAACAUCUGGAGAGACACCGAUCCAUGUACACGACAUCGUGAUUGAUAAGUAUGUUUCUAAGACCAUUAAAGAGACGGGAUCGUGGGAGCCCGUAAACGUCAAUCUCAUUUUGACAGAAUUAAAAAAGGAUCCUGAACUUGGCUUCAUGGAUUUAGGGUCUCACGUUGGCGCCUUCUCUCUGUCUGUGGCCAAGUUUGGGAGGAAGGUGAUAUCUGUGGAUCCGCUCAUAGAGAAUGUCAAGAGACUGUUUUUCACCAGCAGAGAUUCAGCAGGUGAUCAGAGGGCACUAUGGCAUCAAUCCGUCAGUCUUAUGUGUUUCUGCUGGUGGUCGCUGGCGCUUUCACCAUGCUCUCUUUUGAACACAUAGUUCUGCCUUACUUCUCAUACAAGGUGGUUGAAAACAGCGGCUCCGUCGCUUCAAUGUCUCAGGGAACACCAGUAGACGUUGCAAACGAUAACAGCGGGACUAAGUCGCUCAGAUCCGCCCCCAGCCCUGGUAAAACUUUAGUGUACAGAUUCAACGGAAGUGAGAUGCAGCAGCUUUACGAGUUCUGCACAUGGACAGUUCACGUUGACUGUGUUUCUCUGAAGACAACAUCUGGAGAGACACCGAUCCAUAUACACGACAUCGUGAUUGACAAGUAUGUUUCUAAGACCAUUAAAGUGACGGGAUCGUGGGAGCCCGUAAACGUCAAUCUCAUUUUGACAGAAUUAAAAAAGGAUCCUGAACUUGGCUUCAUGGAUUUAGGGUCUCACGUUGGCGCCUUCUCUCUGUCUGUGGCCAAGUUUGGGAGGAAGGUGAUAUCUGUGGAUCCGCUCAUAGAGAAUGUCAAGAGACUGUGUAAGUCCAUUCAGAAAGGUGGUUUCACUGACAGGAUGACAAUCAUAUUUAAUCCACUAGGAUUCAAUCACUCCUUCGUAAAUUUCAAGCGUGAAUUUGGCAACGUUGGAGGUACAAGCGUUGUAGCAUCUUCUGGGUCUUCUACUAAAUCCCCGUGCGAGGAACCCGCUGACUCGUAUACAAUAACCCUUGACGAUACAUUACCCUUCCUGCCAUUCAAGAAAGCCGUUUUAAAAAUGGACAUCCAAGAGUUUGAGUAUUAUGUUCUGAGUGGUGCAAAGAGGUUUUUCCAAGAGAUAGAGGUUCCUGCAAUUCUGAUGGAGUGGGUACUUAUGAAAACAGACGUUAAUGGUGAAAAACUGGUAAAACUCUUAGUGGGAAUGAAGUACUCAGCAUACGCUCCAAGUAUUGGCGGCGCGAAACUGGACCCAAGUCAGUACAAAUCCUGGCCAUAUGAUGUGAUAUGGAAGAAAUAGGAACAAUGUCGUUGCAACGCUGUUGACAUACUGAUGGUGUAACGGAAUUGCUGGAAUUUAGCAGAGAUUGCGUUUUGUCUCUGUGGUGUUGAUUGAUUGAAACAUAUUUUAUUCAAUUAAGAAACGGAUUGGGCCCAAGUUAUCCAACUUACAUAAGCCCUCUCUACAUAGUUACAAGUGUAUAUUACAA